AUGAAUGCUGUUAAUCAAGGUUUAAGGUAUUUACAAUCUUUGAAGCAUGUUCUUGGUGGUAGAGUACAAUUUAAUAAAAGAUUCAUAAAUUUGAAUGUUUUCAUAUUUGCAUUGGUUUUAAUUAUUGUUUUACAAUGUUUAUAUUCAUAUAAUAGUUCAAGUAAGAAUGGUAGUGAAUUAUUUUUAUUGAAAAAUGAAGUUUAUUCAUCAACAUAUGAUAAAUUAAUUGAUCAAUAUAGUCCAAAAGAAUUGAAAAAUUUUAAUUUUGAAAAAAAAUGUAAUUUAUAUUUUGAACAAUUACAUAAACAAAAUUCAAAUUGGAUGUUUAAUAAUUAUGAUACUAAAGGUUAUGAUGAUAAUUAUAUAAAUUUUCAAGAUUUUUUAAAUUUUAAAAAAAAAGCUGAACCAAAUAUGGAAUUUAAUGAAAAAACUUUAAUUGAAUUAGAAAAAGAAUUUAAUCAAAAAUCUUUUGAUAGUGUUAAAGUUGAUAAAAGUAUAGUUGAUGCUGUUUCAACAUUAAGAAUUUUCAGUAAAUGCUUUGUGGAAAGUAAUGAAGGUUUCCAAAGUAGUUCAAAAAAUUAUAUUUCAUCAUUUUUACAAGAUGAUGAAAAAGUUGAAUCUGAAGCAAAUUCAAAACAUGAACUUUGUCAUGAUACUGAAGCAAGAAUUUUCCCUUGGUUAACAUUUGUUCAACCAACUUUUAAAAGAUGGGAUGGUGAAGUUGUUCUUGGUCCUCCAGAUUUAUCAUCAUCAACAAAUGCUCAAUAUGGUGAUUCAAGAACUGACUUAAGUUCAGGUUCAGGCUCAGGCUCAGACUCAGGUUCAGGUGCUAAACUUUUCAAAAGAGCAAGACGUAGUUGUUUCAUGAAGAAUUGGAAAGAAUCUAUUAAUGGAAGAGGAAUUGUUAUUUCUGCUUCUGAUGGUCAAGUUGACGAAUUGAAAAGAUUAGCAUUAAUUUUAAGAGCUUUGAAUAAUGAUUUACCAAUCCAAGUUGUUCAUAAAGGUGAUUUAUCAGAAGCUAAUCAAAAUCAAUUGAUUGAUGUUUUCAGAAAACCUAUAAAUCAUGAUCAAUUACCACUUUCAUCUGAUAAAUUAGAUUCUAAUCAAACUCCUAGAUUCCCUCCUCAAGAUCUUUGGUUUGUUAAUGUUCAAAAUUCUAUCAAAGAUGAAUAUGGUAAUUAUUUCCAUAAAUAUGCAAAUAAAUUGAUUGCAUAUUUUUUCAAUUCAUUUGAAGAUAUGCUUUUAAUUGAUACUGAUACUGUUCCAUUUGUUGAUUUAAGAUCAAUUUUUGAAUUACCUGGUUUUGUUAAUAAAGGUGCCUUUUUCUUCCAAGAUCGUCAAUUACGUGGGUCAAAUACUGAAAAUCAAGUCAAUUAUUUUAAAAGAUUAUUCCCAUCAAAAUUAGAUACUUAUUUUUUCAAUAUUCCUCAAGUUACUGAUUUUACAUUAAAGAAUAGAUUUAUUGGUGGAUUAAGAAAUCAUUUUAUGGAAAGUGGUGUUGUUGCUAUAAAGAGAACUUCACAUUUUAGUGGUAUGUUAUCAGCAAUUCAAUUAAAUUUUUGGUCAAUAACUGCUAAGAAAAUUCAUGGUGAUAAAGAAUUAUUUUGGUUAGGUCAAUCAAUUGCAGGUAAUGAAAAUUAUGAAUUUAAUGCACUUGGUGCUGCAUCAGUUGGUGAAUUAACUCCACAAGAAAAUAAAUUAUUUGGUAAAACUAGUGCAAAUGAAUUAUGCAGUAAUCAUCCAGGUCAUAUUAAUGGUUAUGAUAAUCAAACUUUACUUUGGAUGAAUUCAGGUUUUUCAUAUUGUAAAAACACAAGAGCUGCACAAUUUGAUCAUGGUAAACCAUUAUAUAAACAAUUUAACGCAGAACAAUUAGAAAAAAAAUAUAAAGGAAUCACUGUUAUUAGAGCUGGUGUUGUUCCACCUGCUCAAGAAAUUGACGGUUCAAAUGAUCAAAGUAAUGCAGAUAAAGGAUGGAAUGAUGAACAUAGAUAUUGUAUGUCAUAUACAUGGUGUGCUUAUGAUAGUAUCGGAUCCAUGUCAAAACCAGAAGAAAAAGGUCUUGUUGUUAAUUUUGGUGAAGAACAAAGUCGUGUUUUCGAUUUCUUUGGUGAUCUUUGGUUAAAAGGUUUACGUGAAGAUAAGCCUAAAGAAGUGUGA